AUGUCUGACACCAAGGCCUUGCCCAACGCCGCAUUGCUCUCACACUCUAACGACAAACACAACCUUCCCCCGCUGUCCACUGCGCCCCUCAGUCACUCUGGCUCCAAGCACCCCACCGGCUAUUCAGACUUGCCUCCGUCCUACUCUCCAUCUCACUUGCGCGAGUCUAAUUCCCCACCAAAAUUGAGUCAGCGCUACUCCUACUUGUCCUCAAGCUUGUAUUUGCUUAUGCCCACUUUGUUGGUGUACAACCCCGUACUCUUGUCAAAGUGCUUGCCUUUGUACAGCAACAAUAAUUCGCCCUUGCAUUCCUCACCUCACUUGGAACCCACAACCGUUGAUCCAUCGUACCUUCUUUUGGGCCACAAUUCCGUUUAUCCCUACUCGAUGACCCCUGCAUCUGCGGCAAUGAUGUCCCAACUACCUUUGACUAUUGUACCCUCCUCAAAUCUGCUUCCCCAACCACUCACACCUGUUUGUUACAAGACAAAGCCUGUGCCAAAGAGGAGGAAGAAGAUUGCCAACUUGAUGAGGAACACGGUUCAUGACGGCCAUGGACAAUGGGAUCCCUGGCUUCCCAGUGUCUGCCUCCUCCCCGUGCUCCAAUCCUAUGGUUGCAAGGUGCCGUUGCCAGUAACCCUCUGA